AUGGAAGCCAUCUCAUCAAUCGACACUCUUCUGGAUCACUUCGACCAGCUUCUCCCGCCUCCACGUCCGCUCGAGGAAAAGAUUGUCACUUCGGGGAGCAGGUCACCUUUCCUAAUAUGGCACUCCGACGCGCCCAAAGAUCCUGGACGGGAUAUCCAAGAGCACGGAUGCUUCUCAGCUCCAUUCCGCUCCCGGUCGCCGACUCCCUUUCAAGAUGCAUUUGCUGAGGCGUACCGAGCGAUCAACGCACUGUCCCCAAGCCCUUCGUGUCCGCCUAGUCCGCGUGUUCCGGAAGAAUCAGACUUACUCGGUUCUGAGGCCCCAGGUUCGCACUCGCCGUCAUUUUCCUCAGGUUGUAGAGCGGACAACGUGGGAAUGAACGAGUCGGAAGGUGACGAGGACGGGGCUGAAGAUGCAGCUUUGGAAACAAUCGCAGCGUCGUCCCCCAAGGCAUGUAUCACCCCUGGAAGCCCGACUGUUGAUUACGGGGUUCCAGACUCUCAAGAGUCUGCGGCAUCAUCCGAGGAUUCCCUGACCGUAUCUCCGAGAACCCAGAAGGCCUCUUCUGGACCUCCAAUCUCUCAAUCCGACCCUGAGGCGUUUCCCGACUCUCAUAGCCCUUUGCGCGCUCGAAGAUCUACACGCUUAAUGAAGAGGAAACACACCACGGACAACGGGAAUCAGGAAGGGAAAGAGAACCUCCCGGAGCAACAUUCUUCCAAGUCCGUCGACGAAGCCACAUCUCAUCUUGCGCCUUCUCGCCCCCGCAAGCGGAGAAAGGUUUCACACCAGCAAGAGCAGCUCCCGUCUGUGGCAACGCAGCCCCAAGCAGGGCCUUCCACUGGGGCGCAGCGGUGUCGAUUGGGUAGCGGACAGUGCGAGUACCAGCUGACCAAGAACUUCGACAAAGAUUGGGAUCACCUCAAGAAGGAACACGGAGACCGCAAUGACGACAAUUUAUUCGCGUGUACGUAUCCCGGGUGCACCGGCUAUCCGAGUAAGGAGACGUCGGGCUACGAAAAGAAGCAAAGUCUGAACAGGCACGUCAUGUCGGUGCAUUGGACCGGGGAGGUGCGCUGCUAUUGGCCGGGCUGCGAUAAAGUGUACCCCCGGAAGGACCAGGUGACCACACAUGUACGACGCUUUCACGAGAAGAUACCGGCGGCGAAGGGAAUUAAGAAGGCGCCCAAGAGGACGAAGAGGUGA